GUUUCCAUGGUAACCGGCAUUAUAUCAUCUUGAACUAUCAUGGCACUGAUAUGGUUGGUUAUUAUCAAACGAAAAAUAAAUAUCGGUUGUGAUUUUGUGUUAGGUCAAGUGGAAUUGUGAUAACUCUGACUUGAUGCAGUAUUUUUGAGACGGUUAUAAUAUAAUACUAUACACGACUCUUCGUAGAUUUGAAUAAAAAGGUGUAAGUUUACAUCAAAAUUACUAAAAAGGAUCAAGCCGACUUUCGUUUAUUAGUAAUUUUAAAUAGGAAGAGUGGAAAGAUGGAAGGGUUUCGCAAAAAGACAGCUGACUACACUGACAUAGCCUACCGUGAAGCAGUGACCAAACUGAGAUAUCUGUUAGCUGAAUCCUACACACCUUCAACAGGCUUCUCCAAGUACUCAUUGGGCCAUUAUCAUCCCUACAUUCCCACUGAAGGGAAUGUUCUGAUACCUCCCACUCCACGUCCUGCUCUAGGCUUGACACUCAAGAAGCCAGAGACUGAAGGACAGCCACCUCCUGAGUUGAUGUCCUUCAUCCAACGACAGGAGGAGUAUAUUGAACAGCUUGAAAAGGAGUCUCAAUACUGUAGGGAUGAACUAUCAAAUUUAAUGGGGAAAGUAAAAGAAGUGAUCACAGAGAAUGAGGGAUUGCACGAAAGACGCAAGUCAGGCAUGUUGCAAUCACUGUUUGACAGUUUUGAGAUGGAAGACGAUGAGGAGGAUGAUGACGCGAGCUCUGAAGAUAAGGUGGAGUCUCGACCAUCAAAGAAGAAACAUUUUAUUGGACCUAAUAUAAUGUUUGAGUCUCGAAUAAGCGAACUGGAAGCCCAGCUGACUCAAACUAAAAUGGAGUUGAAGAAAGCAGUUGAGGAGGCAGAGUCUCUGAGAAAGAGAGUAGCAGAGCAAGGCUUGCCUUCUCAAGUUUCCUCUGUACUACCACAUGCAUCUGACUCGGAGUUGUACAGGCAGAUUGAUGCUUUGCAGAGGGAGAGAGAAGAGCUGAAUGACAUGAUAAACAAACUUCACGCCUCCAUUGCACAGCUCAGAGAAAAAGAAGCCAAUGUCUCGCAAAAACUGAAAAGAAGUUUGGAUGCUGUAGAUCAGGCACACUUUGAGAAGAAUCAAUCUGAAAUGGAAGUGAGAAGGUUAAAAAAUGAGCUGGAACGAAUGAAUGAGAAGCAGCGUGAGAGCAUGGGGGAACAGAGCCGGCGGCUGGCAGAGGUAGAGCGCAGGUAUGCGGCGCAGACGGAGCAACUGAGCGCGGAUCUGUCAGCACAGUGGGAGAAUGCCACCAAGCUGGGCAUGGACCUCGAGAAACAGCGGCGAACAGAAACUGAGCUGCGACGUGAGCUCAUGCAGCGCAACACAACUCUCGAGGAGUUGAAGAAAGAGUUGAACACAAAAACCACUUGCAGAGUAAGAGUUGCGACUGUUUGCCAAGGCGCAUUACAGAGCGAGCUGUUGGCUUCAACGGGGGAGCGCGAGGGGCUGCAGGCUGAGGUAGCAGCACUGCGGCUGGCCGUGGAACGAGCCGAACGAGCAGGCAGACAGGACACAGCACGUCUGCAGGCGGAGGUCACCAGCUUGCGGCAGCGACUCGAUCGUGCAGACGCAGACCUGCUGCAUGCUCGCAAGGAAAACUUGCGCCUGACAGAUCAGAUUGCUUCACUCGAAAAAGAGCUCCAUCUGGCUAAAUUAACACACGAGGGUGGAGAAAAUCAAAUUUUAAAAGAUUCCAAAAGAGAAAAAGAGUUAACUUCAAUGAUACUUGAUAUGGAUGCCAAACACGUCCAAAAUCUUGCCGAACUCGAAGGCAUGAUUCAGUCCCAGUCGCAACUCAUGGAGAAGCUCAAGGGUGAAUGUCACACACUCACGGAAAAGUUGGAGGAUACGUCGCUUCGACACAAGGAGGCCAAGUCUAGUCUGAGGGAGGAGAACGAGAAGUUGGUGGAGCGGCUCGCAGGAGUGUGGGAGAGCUGCAAGGAGCUACACAGCUUGUGUACACAAUAUGGGCUGGCCGUGCCUGUGUACAGUUAUACGCAAGAGAUGACGGAAUGGUCGGGGAAUAUGAACAGUCGCAGUAUGCCGAACAGCCCGCGGAGGGUUGACAUGCCUCUCACCAUCCAUGAUCUCUCCCUACCUCGUCUCUAUCUUUAAAAUAACUUUACGUGAGUCACACAACUUCUACUUUAAGUACAAGUGUUGUAGAGUUCAUUACUUAUUGAUUGUUUUGUUUAAGAGUUGUUCAGUUUUAAUUGAAUAAAUGUUAGCUGAUUGUAA